UCGAGAGACCAACAACGAUGCGGGUGCUUAUAUCACUGGUUCUGAGCAUCAUCGUCUUAGAGAAAACGAAUGGAGAUUGUACGAUUAGACAUGGAGAUAUUUGUGACGUUAUGCAAUGUACUGACAAGACGGGCAAGCUUUACAUAAGCAAGUCACAUGCCAGUAACGGAUCCGUCUGCUUUUUCCGAUGUGCAAAUGAAACAUUUACAACACGGAAAACAUGUUCAGAUGGAAAAUGGUCCUUCACUGACCAAAAAGGAUACAGUUUUCCAACAGAACAUGACGUAUUGAUAAGAACGAAACGAGGAUGGUUCGGCAAAGUUGUUAAAGGAUUCGUGAGAGGAAUAGGGUGCUUACUAACAUUAGGACUACUUUGUGGAAAUCGUCACCGAGAUAACACUCCUCCUUCCAUCCAAUGUCCACCCGAUCUACAUAAUGUUUCCGAUGAUUUACAAGACCACGCGACAGUCUCCUGGAAAGAACCACUAGCUAAUGACAAUGGCGUCUCCAUCAGGGCAACUCGUGUUGGUCUAGCACCGGGCCUGCAAUUCUCAAAGGGUGAUACUAAAAUAAGCUACUACGCAAGGGACAGAAGUGGAAAUUGGGGAAGUUGUUCAUUCAACAUUCACAUCACAGUGCCAAUUUGCACUGGCCUUUCCAAAAUCAAGGACGGGUACUACAUAUGCCAUACUAGUUUUGAGAUGCGGAAAGGGACUCGAUGUCAGUUUGGAUGUUAUGAAGGUCAUAUACUUGUCGGGGAAAGGUCUAUUCAGUGUACAGAGUCGGCAACAUGGACAGGACGGCAACCGUCUUGCAAACGUGUUACCUGUGAGAAAUUACUUGUACCAGAGGGAAUGACAAUGAGCUGUUCCGACAUGAACAACUUCCGGAGCAAAUGUUCUUACAGCUGUCGUGAAGGGUUCGAUAUAAGUCCCGGUAUGACUCGAGUUCGCGUCUGUACGUCAACUGGAAAAUGGAGAGGAAGCAUACCAACAUGCAGGGAUAUCUUACCACCGGUCAUUACCAACUGUACUGGUGCUGUAUACGGGUUUGCCGACCGUGACAGCGUCAGCGGCCGAUUGGUAUGGGACAAAUUUAAACCAUCUGCACAUGACAAUGCUGACAUGUCUGUAACACUAAAUCAAACGGCUGGACCAGACAGCUAUAUGAACAACCUCAGAGCAGGAACAUAUGACGUCACAUUUGACGCCACAGACAGAGCAGGAAACAAGGCAUUCCAAUGCAAAAUGAAAAUAGUGAUGAAAGUACUGAGAUGCCCGAAAGUUUAUAAUCUUCCUCUACAAACCGUGAUAUGUGAAGGUGGAAGCAAGUUUGGAGCAGAAUGCAAUUUUACAUGUGCAAAUGGGUCAGUGAUCAAUGGCUCGAGACAGGCUAUCUGCGAGAAAGGAAGCAAUGGCCAAUACGUUACUUGGCAUUGGGGCUCACACCAACCGUUCUGUGAAGCCCAACAUCUGUGUGAGGACAGACUGGAACCACCUUCACAUGGUGCUGUGGCCUGCGAUUACUGGUUGGGAGGGAAAUUUUGCCAGAUGUUGUGCAGGAAAGGUUAUGAUGUACCAGCAGGAUAUCAGUUUCCAGAAAUGUAUGUGUGCGGCGAAUCUGGUUUAUGGACACCUGGAUCUAAAUUGCCAAAUUGUGCACGAACUCACUCCAGUCACCAAGCAAUCAUGGCGAUAAGUAUGGAUUACUACUUUGACGGAGAUUGCAGAAAUUCGACUGUUACGGAUAGUAUUAGACAAAAGUUCGUUCAGGCACUGACGCAGUCUGUCUAUAUGGAUGCUUGUAAAACCAACGAGGAAAGCUGUUUUCCUAUGAACGUUGAGGUCAUAUGUGGCUCACAAGCAGGUAAAAGAGCAGCCGGUAUUGUCAUUGAGUUUGAUUUGGCUAUCACUACCGUUACUGCGUUUGGGAACAGGUCGUUCGCCAAAUUGAACGAAAAGAUGAAGGGAUUGUUUGUCAAUGUUAGUGAUGAAAGUGCAGCCUUGGAUAUAAACAUGGAUGACAACAUUACUCUUAUUGUUCAAGAGGUCCACAACAACGGAUUGCGCAUCGUGUGUGAUGGACAGACUAUUCCAUCUUACGCCAGCGAAUCAUGCAUGGAGUGUCCGGCAGGAACAUUCUAUGAUGAUGACGCACAAGUUUGUCCAUUAUGUCCCAUUGGUCAGUAUCAGCCAUCAGCGGCCCAAUCCACGUGUAUACAAUGUCCAACUGGCAGAAGCACGCGCCACAAAGGGGCACUAUCCAAGAAUGAAUGUGAAGUGGCCUGUGUUCCUGGAACAUAUUCCAAAAUCGGCUUACCACCGUGCUCCUUAUGCGAGAUUGGCACGUACACAAACACUUACGGUGCCACAGAAUGUACUUUAUGUUCUGGAUCUCGGACAACCAUUCAAGAAGGCGAGACUUCUGUGACCAGCUGUAAAGAUUUUGACCUGGUUAUUACGAGCGCGGUUGGAAAUUUCAUACUUCCCUUGAACGUAACAUUGAGUCGACCUGCAAGUUUCAUCGUCAGUUUUUGGAUAAUGAUGGACGGCAGCACCGAGUUGGGAUCCGUCCUAAAUAUCGUUUAUCCAGAUAAACAAUUGGACAUCGCUUUAAACAGAACCGGUAUAAAGCUCCAAGGUUUUGGAUUUAAGGCGACCGCAGACCUACUUUUGAAUGACACAAAGUGGAAUUAUAUGGUGGUAGAUGUCAGUAAGACAGAGGUAUAUCUGGAUUCCGAGAGAAUUGUUCUUCAAAAAUAUCCUUACAACCAAGGAAACCAUACAGAAAACGGGGAUUCGCAUGUUGAAAUUGGUGGUGGAGAUUUUGUAGGAGGUAUAUCCCAAUUGAAUAUAUGGUCUACUGGCAGAGGCAUAGACGCUAUAGUGAAGGGAAGCUCGCAUUGCCGCAGCACCACACAAGGGGAUAUUCUUGGUUGGAAACAGUUCGAAUCAGUUGAUGAUAACCACAUCUUUUUACAAAUACCCAGUGAAUGCGACGACCAUGACGACUGUACCAGUGACGCGUGUAAUGGUGGUACAUGUACAGACGGUUUGCAUACGUACAGCUGUGAUUGUCCUAUAGGGUUAAAGGGAGAUAACUGCGAAUAUAACAUUGACGACUGUGCAGACAACGUGUGUGAGAAUAACUCCACGUGUGUUGACGGCGUAGGGGGUUACACGUGCCAAUGUGAUGUCAACUUUACAGGAGAGCUUUGUGAAAUAGCAGUUGUUGAUGGCGAAUGGAGCGUGUGGAGUAACUGGUCUAUGUGUUCUACCACAUGUGGCGAGGGAACUACUUACAGAACACGGCUGUGUAACAGUCCCACUCCAGAUAAUGGCGGAAAGGAUUGUUCCGGAGACACCACCGAACACGACACGUGUGAUUUGGGAAACUGUACAGUUUGUACGAACCUGACUACUCCCGCCCACGCUGUCCUCGACUGUCAAUGGGCUUCCUCCGAGGAUGCCAUCAAUUGUACACUGUCGUGUGACGACGGCUACGAUUUCGAUCACGCAGCUAAAGAGAGCUAUCGUUGUGGACCGGAUACCUUCCAUCUUUGGGACUUCCAAACCGACGACAAUCCUUACGGGAGACUUCCUGAUUGCACCAGAAUAAUGGACGGAAACAAAUUAGAAUGGAAGUACAUGGCAUCAUACUUUGACCUGGUAUGCGAUUCUGAAGCAAAAGCUGAAAUCGUUGAGAAGAAAAUAAAGAAGGCGGUGUACGAAGGGACUGAUUCUCUUACGUGUCAACAGGACGGGUCGUGUUCCCUUGUAGACAUAGAGGUGACGAGUUGUUCCAAGAAUCGACUGAAGCGAUCAGUGAGUCCAACAACAGCAGGAUUCGCAGCAGAUUUCACAUGUGACGCAAGAAAAUUUACAUCCGAUGGCUGCAGGGACAUUGUUACCAGAGUGUUGAAUGAGAUGCUCACUAAAAUAGGCGGGGACGUAUUCAACACAAUGGUGGACGGAUUAGAGUACUCCAUCAUGGAAAACAGCUCAAUGUUUGGUGGUAGAUCUUACUGCAGUGCUGGAAUGGUCCCUGUACAGCAUUACUGUGUGCCGUGCAGUCUUGGUAGAUAUCACAGUGGAGAUGAGUGUAAGAAAUGUGCCGUAGGGUCAUACCAGAGUCAGGUUGGGAAGACAUCAUGCGUAAACUGUCCCGUGGGGUUCACUACAGAAGGACAAGCUUCUAUCGGGGUGGAGGAUUGCAACGUUCGCGUAGAUAUUCCUUCCCAUACUGUUCCAGUCUGGAAGUACGGCGUGCCUGUAGGACUCGGUGUUGGAUUUGGAAUUGUUUGUGUUGUCGUGUCCAUAUUGCUUUGGAGAAAAAUCAGAGCGAAAAAAAGGGACAGGAAAAUUAAGGAUAUAUAUGAACCAUACAGUGAUUGUAAUAAUGGUCAAGGAAUGACAUCGUCCAAACCCAAAUACCUUUCUGCUCCUGAAAUGAUCACUCCCGUGGCGGAUGACCAUCUGAGAACUGAUUCAACCCUCAAGGAAACGUUGUCAGCGAGACAGGCAAAAACAAUGUUUUGAUAACAUGGUUAUGAAAAGUGCAGUAUUUCAAAGGAAAUGAAAAACAUUGUUGGCUCUGCUUGCAUGCUGUUCUGGUUCAAACAUUGUGUUUAUAUAUUUAUAAGAUAGUUUGGACCCAAGAUGGAUCUGCUCGUUUAUCUAAGUUCCUCUUCGUUUUUUGAUGGUAGAUGAAUAGUAUAUAUUUAUAUGUGUGUGCGUGUUUUGCCUUG